CAAUCGCCUGUUUUUAGGACACAGUGGCACACUCGUAAUAACGUAGUCCAGAGUGAUCUCUUUCGUCAUUUCACAUCCUUCGUCUUUCUUCUUCUCUCCACCUUCACUGCCACUCACACCUACACGCGCGACUUCUCUCUCUUCUGAAGCACUCAAAGAGUAAAGUUUCUCUGCAUUUCAGCUUCUCUCUCUCUUCUCUCUGUAGAAAUGGCGGGUCGGAUCCAAUCCCACCAGCUACCAAAUGGACUCUACGUAUCGGGAAAGCUUGAGCAACCAAAAGAGCGACCACCGACAAUGGCGGCUCGAGCUGUGCCUUACACCGGAGGCGACAUCAAGAAAUCCGGCGAGCUCGGAAGGAUGUUCGACAUCUCCGUCGUCGAUUCAGCUUCUUUUCAAGGACCACCGCCGUUAAUCGUCGGUGGUAAUAGCAGCGGAGGUACGUCAAGGCUUCAGGCGCCGCCACGUGUCUCCGGUUCUUCUUCAAACCCUAACAGUGGAUCCGUUCGAUCUGGUCCCAACUCUGGUUCGGUUAAGAAAUUCUCAGGUCCACUCUCUCAGCUUCAGCCAACCGGUUUAAUUACCUCCGGUUCUCUUGGUUCUUCGGGUCCAAUUUUGUCCGGGUCUAGAAGGUCGGGUCAAUUGGAUCACCAAUUGAGUAAUCUAGCGUCGAGCAAGCCUAAAUACGGGUCGUCGGUGACGAGUCUUAACGUAGACCCGGUUCGGGUCGGGUUUAAAGUACCAAAAGCAAUGGUUUGGGCGGUUUUGAUAGUGGCGGCGAUGGGAUUGCUUGUGGGAGCUUUUCUUACUGUGGCGGUGAAGAAACCGGUGGUGAUUGCUGCGGUUUUAGCAGCAGUUUGUCCUGCAAUCGUGGUUUUGGUUUGGAAUUGCGUUUGGAGAAGAAAAGGGUUGUUGAGUUUUAUCAAAAAGUAUCCAGAUGCUGAGCUUAGAGGUGCCAUUGAUGGACAAUUCGUUAAGGUUACAGGGGUUGUGACAUGUGGAAGCAUUCCUUUGGAAUCUUCGUUCCAAAGAACACCAAGAUGCGUUUAUGUAUCCACGGAGUUGUAUGAAUACAAAGGUUUUGGUGGGAAAUCCGCAAACCCAAAACAUCGAUGCUUUUCUUGGGGAUCUAGACAUGCAGAGAAAUAUGUGUCGGAUUUUUACAUCUCGGAUUUCCAAUCUGGAUUGCGAGCACUAGUAAAAGCAGGAUAUGGAUCAAAAGUUUCUCCUUUUGUCAAACCGGCGACAGUGGCUAAUGUAACAACGCAGAACAAAGAUUUAUCUCCCAGCUUCUUAAAGUGGCUGUCAGAUCGCAACCUCUCAGCUGAUGACCGUGUUAUGCGUCUCAAAGAAGGAUACAUAAAAGAAGGAAGCACAGUGAGCGUGAUGGGGAUGGUAAGAAGGCACGACAACGUUCUGAUGAUAGUUCCUCCGGCAGAAGCAGUCUCCAGUGGGUGCCGGUGGUGGCACUGCCUCUUCCCAACCUACGCAGAUGGCUUAAUCAUAACCUGCGACGAUAAUCAAAACGCUGAUGUCAUUCCUGUCUGAAACCAAUAUGUAUGUAAUGCUUCUUUUGCCCGAUAUUCAAAUAUAAAAAUGCUUAAACAGUUAGGCUCACGAGACUGAAGGAAGGAAGAGAAGAGAAGAGAAGAGAGGGAAUGAGAGGACAGCCAAAUUGGUUCAAAAAGAAAACCAAAUAGGCUUUGCCUUUUACCUUAUUAGCUUUUGUUUUUCUUUCUUAAUUCUGUUUUUUUUUUUUGCCCCUUGUAUGGGGUUUAUGUUUGUGUACAUAGAGCCCCAAAGUGUAAAUGCUCUUUUCUGUUAAAAUAAUUAUUAUGUCCUAUCCACUAUUCUUAUCCACCAAGGAAACCUUAGGCAUCUCUGCAAUAGGUGCAUGCAAUGUUGUG